GGUCACUACCCCCCCAAUGCACCGAAGUGGAUAUGACGGUCAAGGUGCUCGCGUGGACUACUCGCGUUAUGUUGCGUGUACGUGUGUCUCUCUCUCUCUUUCUCUCUCACGCACGCACACACACACACGCACGCACGCGCUCUCUCGCUUGCUUGCUUUCUUUCUCUCUCUCUUUUUCUGUCGCUCGCCCCCUCCAGCCGCCUCGGCCGUCGCUGAUUGGCUGCGCGGGGGCCGGGCAGCCUUCACUCCUGCUCGAGGAGCAAGCCGGGGCUCCUUCACUCUUGCUCCAAAGAGCCAUUCAUAAAAGUGCGGCUUGAAGGACGAGCAGGACCAUGAGCGAGCCGCAGCGCCCAAGUCGGACUUUGUAGAUCCGAGAAGCGGGAGUAAGAACUUUUUGGUUGUUGCUGUUGUUUGGAGCUGCGUUUUGAGUUCCCCCCGUCCCCUUCUCCCACCCCACCGGUUAGCGUUGGAUCCGUCGGCCUACUGCGACUCCCCGGCGUACGGCCCGGACCUGUGCCCCAACAUGAUCGCCACGCAGGCCAAGCUGGUGUACCAGCUCAACAAGUACCACGGCGAGCGGUGCCAAGCGCGCAAGGCCGCCAUUGCCAAGACCAUCCGCGAGGUGUGCAAGGUGGUGUCGGACGUGCUGAAGGAGGUGGAGGUGCAGGAGCCGCGCUUCAUCAGCUCGCUGAGCGAGAUCGACGCGCGCUACGAGGGCAUGGAGGUCACGUCGCCCAACGAGUUCGAGGUGGUGCUCUACCUCAACCAGAUGGGCGUGUUCAACUUCGUGGACGACGGUUCGCUGCGCUGGCUCGUGCAGACGCGUGUGGCGCAGGCGGUGGACAAGUGCAGCUACCGCGACGUGGUCAAGAUGGUGGCGGACACCAGCGAGGUGCGGCUGCGCAUCCGCGAGCGCUACGUGGUGCAGAUCACGCCGGCCUUCAAGUGCACGGGCAUCUGGCCGCGCAGCGCGGCGCAGUGGCCGGCGGCCCACAUCCCCUGGCCGGGGCCCAACCGCGUAGCCGAGGUCAAGGCGGAGGGCUUUAACCUGCUCUCCAAGGAGUGCUACUCGCUCACCGGCAAGCAGAGCUCGGCCGAGAGCGACGCCUGGGUGCUGCAGUUCAGCGAGGCCGAGAACCGGCUGCUCAUGUCCGGCUGCCGCAAGAAGUGCCUGUCGGUGCUCAAGACGCUGCGCGACCGCCACCUGGAGCUGCCCGGCCAGCCGCUGAACAGCUACCACAUGAAGACGCUGCUGCUGUACGAGUGCGAGAAGCACCCGCGCGAAGCCGACUGGGACGAAGCGUGCCUGGGCGACCGGCUCAACGGCAUCCUGCUGCAGCUCAUCUCCUGCCUGCAGUGCCGCCGAUGCCCGCACUACUUUCUUCCCAACCUGGACCUCUUUCAGGGCAAGCCGCACUCGGCCCUGGAGGCGGCCGCCAAGCAGACGUGGAGGCUGGCCAGGGAGAUCCUCACCAACGCCAAGAGCUUGGACAAGUUAUAAGAAAGAAAAAAAAAAAAACACGCAAACUCCCGGCUCGUACUUUUUGUUUUCUUUUUCUUUUUUUUUUUUUUUUGCGAGUUGACUGAGGUUAAAAAAAGUGACAUCGUUUGGGGGCUUUGGAGCAGAAGCAGGAAAAAGACACGAAGGUACAUUUGUUCUCCUUUUUAAAUGUUCUCACCAAGUGAAGAAGAAGGAACUUUUAUUUAAAAAUGCAAUGAAAGCAACGUGCCAACUGGUUUUCUUUUGAGGGGGGGGGGCAAAAAUGUUAAUAAAAUGUUGGAAGUUUAAA